CCCCGUUAUCUGCACCACAACCCCAGCGGCCCACCCCUUCUUUCACCUGUCUCCAUUUCCAUUUCUCAGUAACACCAAACCCUCCCUCCCUCUCUCUCUCUCUACAUACAUCUCCUUUGUAUCUAUAUGUGACGCAUGUAAACUUACGUAUAUGUACGCACACCAAAAACCGCUGAUACGCAUACCUUUUUGUUCCGGGAACAUUUCGCCUCUCUUUCUGGCUGUCUGAAACCCUAAUUCUCUGUUAGCUCUAGGUUUCUUUAAUCGUAGUCGCGAAUUCGUCAACCGCUCGGAAUUUAGGAAAUUUUAAAUCAGAACAUUUUAACCUGGAAAUAGAUAUCCAAGCUGCUUCACAUAAGUUUUGUCGAUUAAAAAAAUUCUGAGAAAAUCCCCUUAUUUCUUGAUUAAUCUUGGAUUUUCUGUUUUCAAUUUGUAUAAUUACCUUUUUUGUUGUUUGUUGUUGCUUCCGACGGUUUUUGGUAAUAUUUUCAGAAAAUCGGCAAUAAUAAAUAAUUGUCAUAACUGGGCUUGGAAUUUGGUUGAGAUUUUCCAAAUCUUGCGUGUUCAUCUAGGGGAUUUUUUGAUUUACGGAUAACAGAAAAUGGUUGGAGGUGGAAAUAGGAGGGAUGAGGGAUCGUUUAUGGUGAGCGACAACAACGUCUUUGCAGCUCUAGGAAGUUUGAGGAAGAAGAAGAAGUCUGACAAAGAGAAGGGCUCUUCUAAGGGAAGUAAAAGCGCGCCUAAAACUUCUGCUGCUGGGAAAUCUAAGGGAGCUGAGGAGGAGAAGCAGGUGUUCUGGGCUCCGGCACCUUUGACAGUGAAAUCUUGGGCCGAUGUGGAUGAUGAGGAUGAUGAUGAUUAUUAUGCCACCACUGCUCCUCCUCAGGCGAUAUGGGGUGGUUCUGGUUUGAAUAAAGCAGAGGAGACGAAGAAACCUGAUCCUGUGGAGGAAAGUGAAAGUGAAGAUGAGCUCCUUGAUGAAGGUGAUGAUGAUGUGGAAGAGGAGCCUGAUCAUGAAACGGAGGUCCAAGAACAACCUGAGCAGGUGAUCAAAAAGCCUGUAGAAGUUUCUCCAGCACCUAAAGACACAGAAAGACAGCUUUCCAAGAAGGAAAGAAGGAAAAAGGAGCUUGCUGAACUAGAGGCCAUUUUAGCUGAUUUUGGAGUUAACUCAAAAGAGAAAGCUGAAGAUGAGUCAUCUGGGGUCACCAAAGACCAGAAAGAGGAACAACUCAAUGGAGAUGCAGAGAAGAAGGAAAAUGCUCCUGCGGAAUCUAAAAGUGCAAAGAAGAAGAAGAAGAAGGAUAAGGCUUCCCGAGAGGUGAAGGAACCUCAGGACAAACCCAAUAGUUUAGAUGUUCUUAAUGAACAAGAGGAAACUGCUGGAAUUGAACAGGUAGAGGAAGAUGCAUCUGCUGUUGAUGUGAAAGAACGGCUCAAGAAGGUGGCGGCUGCUAAAAAAAAGAAAUCUAACAAAGAGGUUGAUGCUGCUGCAAGAGCUGCUGCUUUGGAGGCUGCAGCAAGGAGUGCCAAACUUGCUGCUGCCAAGAAGAAAGAGAAGAACCAUUAUAACCAGCAGCCAAUGCGGUAAGAGAAGAUUGUUGGAGCUUCAUACAUAUGGAGACGGGUCUCAUUGGUCAAUAAACUUCGAGCUCCUUCCUUCAGUUUUUGUGAUAGAUGGGACUUUUUAACAUAAUGUUACAUGUCCGAAACGGUUUUGGCUAUCGAAAGCCUGUUUGAUUUGGGACUCUCAACUUAGAUCAGUUUGUAACAUAUCAGUACUUCUUGCUGUGUAUCUACUCUUUCUCAAAUCUUGAUCGAUGUCGUGGGGUGAGAGAUUUUGGGACUUGUCUAGAUACAUCACCCUUGACAGCAUUUCCUCCAAUGUUCAUUGAUCCAGUUGCAUCUAAAAUAAAGCCUUUUUUUGCAUUUAUAAUA